AUGAAUGGACAACGAAAAUAUAUCACUACAGAGCCUCAUAUAGGACGUACAGGAGGAGUUUCAAUAACAUCAUUAUCGUCAGUAUCACCUAAUCAACGACGCACAACAGUAAUGAAGACUACUCCUGUGAGAAUGCGAAAAUCACAAACCUCGACUUCCAAUUCUCAAUCGACAGCAGUUACCGGAGUUACUUUUUCGAGUUCCUCUUCUUCUCGUGGUCGUCCAUUGGGUAAUGUUAGUACAGGAUCUUCUUCUUUUUCUACUAAGGCUGCUGGUGUUGGUAGUGUUAAUAAUCAUCAUGAUGCUGACAAUAAUGAUGAUUUGAUUAAAGUAUCUAUGAAGUCUUCCAUAUCACUUUUAGAUCAAACACUAUGGACAGAAGUGGAGCAUCUCAAUAUGGUGACGAACCGUCUGCGUCAGCGAUUGUCUGAUAUCAAGCAUGGUGUUAGUGAUAUUAAAGCUGCUGCUCCUACUUCAACUAGUGUAGAGACUAUUUCAAAGCCCACCAGAACACCAAGGUCUCUUUCACAUUCGCUAGCAAGAAGGCUAACGAGUUCACCUGUGAAUAAAAAGCAACACGAGGAGCAAGUAAAACAACAACAACAACAAAAAGAGAAAGAGAAAGAACAAGAUCGAAAACUGAACAAGACGUCAAAGAUAAGUGAAGAACCACCCUAUGUUGUUUCUUUUACUCCAGGCCGCCAAAGUAGCAAAAAGACGCCUAUUCGGUUACGAUUUACUUCUCCGCGAAAGACUCCAUUACGUGAUAAUGAGGAUAGUGUCUUGACAUCAUUACCCUCAUUUCAGUAUAAAUUAGCUUCAAAUCAACAGACUCCAAAGAUGAAAGAAAAUGUCAAUAAAGAUAGUAUUACAGAUAAUGGAUGUGAGAAGGAAAAACAUAAUGAUUCUUCUGAGAUGGGAACACCUAUAUGUUAUGCUACUGCUGAUGAUUCUUCUGGUAUUACCUCCAAAACUAUAAAUGACAGUCCAGUGAUUGUGGACCUUUUAAACAGUACAGAAAAGAAUUUGAAAAUAGAGGAAAGAGCAGUUAUCAAUGAUGGAACAAGUCCAAACACUGCCAAGUUGAUGCUCUUACAAGGAUGUUUGAUGUCAGUGGAAGAAGAAUUGAAUUCACAUGUCUUGUCUCUUCUCGCUCUUCAACGUGAUGUUCUUGAUGCUCAAAAGAGAGGCCUAGUGAAUGCAAAUGAUCCCUCUAUUAAAGCAUUAAGACUGAAUAUAAGAGAUGAACUCAAUACAUGUAGUAUCCGUACGUCAACGAUAGCAUCUCUUCGGAGCAAACUUCUUUCCUAA